AAUGGUCCCUCCCACCCCAAAUCCCCCCUUCUGGUGCCUGUUGGGGUCUGACCCUCCCUCCCCCUUCCCCCCCCCCAGAGGUCGUGGGCUGUGCGGACCCCCAGGGCUGCGCCCGGGCCUGCGGCUCCCCCGUCGGCUGCUCCAACGUGGCCUAUCCCCGCCUGGUGCUCGGCCUGCUGCCCCCAGGGCUGCGGGGGCUGAUGUUGGCCGUGGUUUUGGCCGCCCUGAUGUCGUCGCUGGCCUCGAUCUUCGCCAGCUCCGGGGCCCUUUUCACCUUCGACGUUUAUCAGCGGCUCCGGCCCCGGGCGAGCCCGAGGCACCUGCUCAUCGUCGGCAGGUGA